AUGGCUCCCGUCGUCCGCUUCGCUGCUUUCAAGUACAAGCCUGGGACCACUGAUGAACAAAAGAGACACUCUCUUGACGGUCUCAUCAAGCUUUAUGAAGAGAACGCACGUAUGGUCAACCACGGCCCUGUCGGUGGCAGGAACAAUAACCCGGAGGGAUUUGAUAAAGGCUUUGACGUCGCCUUCACAGUCGAAUUCAAGUCCAAGGAGCACCGGGACGAGUUCAUCCCCGAUGCGAAGCACGUUGCAUACAAGAUGUCAAUCAUGGAUAUCGUCGAGGAUGUUAUUAUAUAUGAUUUUGAGAAGGGCGAUUAUGGCUAUUAA